CGGAGCUUUGGGGGAGGAGGAGGCAAGAUGGCGGCGGGCCGGUGGCGGGCCGGGCUGGCGCUGCUCGCCGUGGCGCUGGGCGGGCUGCGGGCCGAGCAGAUGGAGGAGCACCUCAAGAGGGAGCACUCGUUGUCUAAACCCUACCAGGGAGUGGGAUCGGCCACGGCGGGGCUGUGGGAGCUGCAGGGGAACGCGAUGGUGAUGGCGCAGUACAUCCGGCUCACACCCGAUGUGCAGAGCAAGUGGGGAGCGGUGUGGAACAGAGUGCCGUGUUACCUGCGUGACUGGGAGAUGCAGGUUCACUUCAAAAUCCACGGGCAAGGCAAGAAGAACCUGAACGGGGAUGGCUUUGCUAUAUGGUACACCAAGGACCGCAUGCAGCAAGGGCCUGUCUUUGGAAGCAAGGAUAACUUCCUGGGCCUGGGGGUGUUUGUGGACACCUACCCCAACGAGGAGAAGCAGCAGGAGGCUCAGAAGAGGAGGUACAGCCCAGGAAAUCAGCGUGUUUUCCCCUACAUCUCUGCCAUGGUGAACAACGGUUCUCUCACCUACGACCACGACCGGGAUGGCAGACCCACGGAGCUGGGGGGCUGCACAGCCAUGGUGCGCAACCUCAACCACGACACCUUCCUGGUCAUCCGCUACGUCAAGAGGAGGCUGACAGUGCUGAUAGAUAUUGAUGGGAAGCAGGAGUGGAGGGACUGCAUCGACGUGCCGGGCGUGCGCCUGCCCCGUGGGUAUUACUUUGGGACCUCGUCUGUCACCGGAGACCUCUCAGACAACCACGACAUCAUCUCUCUGAAGCUCUACCAGCUGACAGUGGAGCGGACGCCGGAGGAGGAGAGACGGGACAAGGAGGUUUACCUGCCUGUGGUGGACAACCUCAAGCUGCCAGGAAUGGAGGCGCCGCUGGAGCCCAUGAGCGGCCUGGCUCUCUUCUUAAUUGUCUUCUUCUCCCUGGUGGCCAUCGUCUUCGCCAUCGUUAUCGGAGUCAUCGUGUACAACAAGUGGCAGGAGCAGAGCCGGAAGCAUUUCUAUUGAUGCAGUUUAGCCCCUGACAGCUGCAGUGUGACGGGCUGCCCCAUGGCAGCACCCCUGCUGUCCCCAAUGGCCGCAGUGGGGGCGGCUGCUGUUUGUCACUGGGCUCCAGGACUCCCCCAGUGUCAGAGGGGACCCACGUUGUGCUGGGGCUGGAGCUGCUGCGUCCCCCUGCUGGGAGCUGGAGCUGGAGCUGGGCUCUGGGAGCUGCUGGGUGGCUCACAAUGCAAUGGCAGCACUUUGGAUGUCACCUCUUUGGCUGUGAAUUCCCAGCCCUGCUUUCCUUGCCAGCUUCCUGCAAUAACCCCUAUGCAGCAGUUUCAUUUCCAGGAGGGCUUUACCAAGCUGUUCUGCUUGGGCUGCUUCCAUCACCCACCUCAGACCUUCUUUAGAGACCCUCAAGCUUCUCUGCAACCCCUCCAUCCCAUUCCCCCCCAGCUUUGGGGGUGCUUUGAGGACACGCUGACUAUUUCCCCCUCACCCCAUGCAGGGUUUAAUCCCACGCUCUCCCUCCUCAAUCCCUGUUUGCUGCCACCCUGGGGCUCAGCUCUGCCCCUGUCCGGCAUGUUGUGCCUCCACUCACCUCCCACCACCUGCAUGUCUUUGCUUUGCAACCCAGGAACAGCUGAACAAAGGGGGGGGGUCUCUCAGAGCCGCAGCCCUCGCUGCCUUCCAGGGAGUCCUGGUUUAUUCCUACCUCAGUGACUGCUUGUGUCAGUGACUCCUCGCUGUGUUUCUUAUGGGAAGGAGCAGCACAAACCACCUUCACCCCAGGGACUGCAUUGGGCUCCUGCUGGCCUCUCUCAUGGAUUUAUGGGGUGCCCAGGGGGCUGUGAGCACAGAUUGUGGGUGCUGUGCUCCAGGAUGGCUCCCAGCAUAUGGGGAACGGUGCCUUGUGGGCAGGAUGUUUGGAUAGGGGUGGCUGGAAGCUUCUUAGAAGUGCAAAUGGGGCCUGGAAAGGGCUGAUUUGGGGCCUGGAAGGGGCUGAUUUGGGGCCGGAAGGGGCUGAUUUGGGCCUGGAAGGGGCUGUUUUGGGGCCUGAAGGGGCUGAUUUGGGGCCUGGAAGGGGCUGAUUUGGGCCUGGAAGGGGCUGCUCUGUGAUGUUUGGCCUCUGUUUUGCCUGAGAGCCAGGAGUGAAACAUGUGCGACUCUUCCCAGCUGUGACCUGUCUUGGAAUAAAUGUUGGUGUGUGUGUGUGGCA